ACUAGAUAAUGUUGCAGUAGACGAGUAUUGGAACAAGUUCACAAGAUUAAAACAAUUAAGUGCCAUAUACUUUGGGAAUACGAAUUGAAACUUUGGAAGUUAAAAUUUUUGAAAGAAGAUGUCGGGGGCCCAAGGAGCACAGCCGAAGGAAUCUCGAACACAAACAACGUACGAAUCAAUAACAAGAGAUGACAACAAGCCUCGAAUGGACAUUCAUUCUCGUGAAGAUGAAAAAGGGAUCCAAAUUGAUAAAGUUCAAGACAAGGUGGAUGAUGCUGCCGGCAAAGGUGGUCCGGUUUUCGGCGCCGGCAAAGAUGAGGACAAGAAACAGGAUUUGGGUGUUACCGGCACCGGGGAGUAAAACUAUUUUGUACUGUUUUUUUUACACUGUCAGCUUAUAUAUAGGUUAAGCUUUAUCUUUUAUCUAGUGUAAAUAUUAGGAGAGCACUGCAUAUAUGGUUGCUAGCCUUUUUUCAUACUAAGAAUGUAACUGGUGUUUGUAACUUGUUCUGUCCCUUAGUAGUUGUGGUUCUUUACAAUCUAUAUAUUGUAUGUGUCUAUACUGUCA